CAAUAUCCAUCCAUUCUCCAGUCCAAGAAUGCCACUCCACCAUCUUUCCUUCUCCACCAUCCUCCACUCCCUCUCCCAAACGCCCCACAGGCUUAGGAGGAGAGCGUUAGUUACGUGGACCCCAGAGCAGGAGCUCAACCAAGUGAGGGAAAGAUCUGGGGCAGACAUGAAGAGGAAGCUCGAGUGGUACGACCUUGUGUCACUCGGUGUGGGGGGGAUGCUUGGUGCUGGAGUCUUCGUGACGACAGGCAGGGUCGCCCAUAAGGUCACAGGCCCUGCCGUCUUCGUUUCCUACAUCGUUGCAGGAAUAUCAGCACUCCUUUCUUCACUGUGUUACACCGAGUUCUCUGUCGAGGCGCCGGUCGCCGGCGGGGCUUUUAGUUAUCUAAGGAUAACAUUUGGAGAGUUUGUGGGCUAUUUUGGAGGAGCAAAUAUAUUAAUGGAGUAUGUUCUAUCAAACGCGGCAGUGUCGAGAAGCUUUACGGAGUAUUUGAGCAGUGCUUUGGGUUCGCAGAACCCAAACUCAUGGAGGGUUGAAGUGCAUGGCCUAGCCAAGGGCUAUAACCAGCUGGAUUUCCCUGCUGUUGUUCUUGUCCUUCUCCUCACCCUAUGCCUUUGUCAUGGCACGAAGGAGAGCUCCAUGUUGAACCUUGUGAUGACAGUCUUUCAUGUGAUCUUCUUUGGAUUUGUUAUUGUUGCUGGUUUCUGCAACGGGAGUCCAAGAAAUUUGGUGAAGCCUAAAGGGCUGCUUCCUUUUGGCGCGAGAGGGAUUCUUGAUGGAGCAGCCAUAGUAUACUUCAGCUACAUUGGCUAUGAUUCCGUGUCGACCAUGGCAGAAGAGAUCAGGAACCCCUCAAAAAGCCUUCCUAUUGGCAUUGCCGGGUCGGUGCUCAUCGUCUCCACACUCUAUUGUCUGUUGGCCUUGGCUUUGUGCUCCAUGAUUCCUUACAAUGAGAUAUCAGCGAAGGCAUCAUUUUCUUCGGCUUUCCAGAAGAAGGUGGGUUGGAAGUGGGCGAGCAAUACCAUUGGAGCUGGGGCGAGCUUGGGUAUCGUGGCGUCCCUCCUGGUUGCCAUGCUAGGCCAGGCAAGGUACCUGUGCGUCAUUGCGAGAGCUCGGCUCGUGCCACUCUGGUUAGCCAAAGUGCACCCUUCUACUGGGACCCCAAUGAAUGCAACAAUCCUCUUGGGACUCUUCACAGCAUCGAUUGCACUGUUCAUGGAUCUUGAGAUUGUGCUGGAAAUGAUAUCAAUUGGAACGCUGCUAGUCUUCUACUUGGUAGGCAAUGCACUGGUCUAUCGGCGCUAUGUGAGAGUGGGCAGGAACCGCCCGCUCCCCACACUCCUUUUCCUGCUGCUCCUCACGUCAAGCUCCAUCGGCUUCUCCUUAUCAUGGAAGCUCGAGGAAGGAUACUGGUGGGGGCUGGCCUUGUUCGGCGGUGCCUUGGUUCUUAUCACUGCUUUCUUUCAUUAUAGAGUCCCUUGCCAUCACCGGCCGCCGGAGUGGUCGGUGCCAUUCAUGCCGUGGCCGGCUGCAGCCUCCAUCUUCCUCAAUGUGUUCCUCAUGACUACUCUCAAAGCAAAGGCUUUCGAGAGGUUUGCUGUGUGGAGUUUUGUGAUCACAUUGUUCUAUGUGUUGUAUGGGGUGCACUCCACAUACCAUGCAGAAGAAAUGGAGAUGGAGAGAGGAAUAGAUCAAGGAGAUGCAAACCCGCCAUCUCCCCAUGAUCAGCAAGCAGCCAAACUGGACGUACAGGCGCCUUAGUUCAUUAUGGUAGCUCAACUUUGUUGCCUUCUUGGGUGCCUCCACUGCAUAAGAUAUUGGAAUCCUACUUCAGCAAAAAAAAAAAAAGAGAGAAAGAAAUUCUCUCUGAAGAGCCAUUGAGGAGGAUUAGACCAAAAUAGAGGUAGAUCUCCCUCAUAUGGUCUCAUGCUUUCCCUUUAAGUUUCAAUUUUUUACCUGCCAUGAUUGUGAGAGACAUCUGCAUAUAUAGCGGACACACAAAAGUGUGUAAACCCUUUGGUUUCAGAAAAGAGUGUGAUCAAUAUGCAGGAAUGGUUUUAGAUCUUUUGUAAUUAGUUUUGGUUUUGGUUUGCCUCAAUCAAAUUGUAAUUUCCAAUUCAAAAAAAUGAUAUAGUUGUAAUUUGCCUUUGCUUUUUUUUUUUUUACUUCCCUUAUGGUUCAUGUACCUCCUCCGGUGCAAUUACUAAUACUCAACUUUAUUUGCAGGUGACCUUCAUUUUAGGACUAGGGCCUUGUUGGAGGACUAUGUGUAGCUCAGCUCUGCUACAAGCGUAAUGUGUUUGGAUUUGGUUCAGAAUGCAUAACUGAGAUAAAUAAAUGAUGCUUCAGUACAAAAAAAAUAAAUAAAUACUCCAAAACUUGGAUCUAAUUCAAUCAAGCACUUCUCAGAGAAAUGCCAAAAGAUGUGCUUGAAUGCACUUAUUUCUUUUGGAGAGAAAUUGGAUGCACUAAUUUUAGUGCAAAGCUUAUUAUGAAAGUUUUGCUCAACUUGACAAAGCAAUGAAGCAAAUUUUAACACCCUUAUUCA